AUGAUACUACAGAUUCAGAAUUUUUCAGAAUUAGUACACAAGGUGAUGCUAGUUGAGCAGAAUCUCAAGAGGGGUGCUGAAUUGCAAGAACAGAGGAAGAGAGCUGCUCCACAAGGGUUCCCUAGUUCGGAUCAAGGGCAAUGGAAAAAGAGAAAUGAGGGGAGCAGUUCGAGUCAGAGACAGAUACAAGGAAAUCAUACCUCUAACCCCUGUAAGUUCUGUGACCACAUACACCAUGGAGAGUGCAGAAAGGAAGUGGGAUCAUGUUUCAAAUGCGGUAAGGAUGGGCAUUUCAUUAGAGAAUGUCCAUUGUUUGCGGUGAACAACAGAAGGCCCAACCCAGCUCAAAACUUUAGGCCAAAUAACCAAGGCAACAAUCAGCAGAGGACUGUACCAGCACGGGUGUUUGCUUUGACACCGAGAGAAGAUGAGGACAAGGAUGAUGUCAUCACAGGAAUUGUUCCCUUAUUCCUCAAUAAGGCUAUUGUUUUAUUUGACUCGGGGGCUACCCACUCCUUUAUUUCAAUGGAUUAUGUUAAGUUGUGCCCCAUUGUUGCUAAUGAGAUGGACUACAAUUUGAGGGUCUCUAUCCCAACUGGUGAUAUAGUGACUUGUAACAAGAUUAUACUCAAGUGUCCAAUAACUAUUAGUGGGAAGGAAAUGCCAGCUAACCUGAUAGUCUUUCCUAUGAUUGGGGAAGUGGUGUUCAAGUUUCCGGAAGAAGAGGAAUUUCGGUUUUUGAGUUCCAGGGUACGUACCCCUCUAUCAGUUAUUUCUGCUUUUCAUGUUGACAAGUUAUUACGUGAUGGGUGUCAAGGGUAUUUGGCUUUUGUGGUGGAUGAACCAAAGGAAGAAUUGAAACUUGAGGAAAUUCCUAUUGUGAGGGAAUAUCCGGAAGUUUUUCCUGAAGACUUGUCUGGAUUACUGCCUGAGCGGGAGGUAGAGUUUGCUAUUGAAUUAACCCCAGGCAUGACGCCUCUUUCCAAAACCCCUUAUCGAAUGGCGCCAUUAGAGUUAGCAGAGCUCAAAGAACAGUUGCAAGACUUAUUAGACAAAGUCUCCAGGGAUGGUAUUUCAGUAGACCCCGGGAAAAUUGAAGCAAUAGUUAGCUGGACUCAACCAACCAAUGUGCAUGAAGUUAGGAGUUUCUUGGGUUUGGCUGGUUAUUAUCGUUGA